GAGAGUCGCGCCACAAAGGAGGCGGUGGGAGAGCGGCCGGAGCGCUAAGAUGGCUGAAGGCGCCCGGCAAGGGUGAGCUGGGGGCGCGGCCACCGCGGAGACUCGGCCGGGCGGCCCUCCUCGGCCGGUCACUGGAGCUACCAUGUCGUUCGCGCUGGAGGAGACGCUCGAGUCCGACUGGGUGGCCGUGCGGCCCCAUGUAUUCGACGAGCGCGAGAAGCACAAGUUCGUGUUCAUUGUGGCCUGGAACGAGAUCGAAGGCAAGUUUGCCAUAACCUGCCACAACCGGACGGCCCAGAGGCAGAGGAGCGGUUCCCGGGAACAGGCGGGGACUCCUGCGCCAGAUGGGAGUCGCGGGCCCGGCAGCCCGGCGACCCGGGGCCGACCCGAGGCCGCUGCCUCUGCCACGGCACUCCGGAGCCCCGGGCCGCGGAAGAGCCCGGCCUGGGCCGAGGGUGGCUCUCCGCGCAGCGCGCGCAGCCCGAGGGGGAAUCCUCUCCGGGGUCCGGCCGGCAAAGGACCGGAGAGUCCCCUCCGUAGUCCCGCGCGGACCAAGGCCAGCCCGCUUCGCAGAGGCUUGGAAUCCCGGGAUGCGGCCGCUGCUGCCACGCCAGCCUCGCCGGCGCCCCCGGUGUCGUCGGUGCGGGUGAUGAGUGCCUGCGGGGCGGUCUCCGAGGAGAUCGAGGUGCUGGAAAUGGUGAGGGAGGAUGAGGCGCCACCGCCGCACCCCGACGCGGAGCGGCCGCCGUCCGCCGCGGAGCUGGAGUCACCGGCUGAAGAGUGCAGUUGGGCCGGGCUCUUCUCCUUCCAGGAUCUGCGGGCCGUGCACCAGCAGCUGUGCUCGGUGAACUCACAGCUGGAGCCGUGUUUGCCGGUGUUCCCCGAAGAGCCAUCAGGCAUGUGGACGGUGCUGUUCGGGGGCGCCCCCGAGAUGACCGAGCAGGAGAUCGACGCUCUGUGUUACCAGCUCCAGGUCUACCUGGGCCACGGCCUGGACACGUGCGGCUGGAAGAUCCUGUCCCAGGUGCUCUUCACCGAGACCGACGACCCCGAGGAGUAUUACGAAAGCCUCAGCGAGCUGCGGCAGAAGGGCUACGAAGAGGUGCUUCAGCGGGCGAGGAAGCGCAUCCAGGAGCUCUUAGACAAGCACAAGACUAUAGAGAGCAUGGUGGAGCUUUUGGACUUGUAUCAGAUGGAGGAUGAAGCCUACAGCAGCCUUGCAGAGGCCACAACCGAACUCUACCAGUAUUUACUUCAGCCAUUCCGAGACAUGCGAGAGCUUGCCAUGCUGCGAAGACAGCAGAUCAAGAUUUCCAUGGAGAAUGAUUAUCUGGGACCUCGAAGAAUUGAGAGUCUACAAAAAGAAGACGCUGACUGGCAGCGGAAAGCUCACAUGGCUGUGUUGUCUAUCCAGGAUCUCACUGUCAAGUAUUUUGAAAUAACAGCUAAAGCACAGAAAGCUGUGUAUGAUCGGAUGCGAGCAGAUCAGAAGAAAUUUGGCAAAGCAUCGUGGGCAGCAGCUGCAGAACGCAUGGAAAAACUCCAGUAUGCAGUUUCUAAGGAGACUUUGCAAAUGAUGAGAGCUAAAGAGAUUUGUCUGGAACAGAAGAAACAUGCAUUGAAAGAAGAGAUGCAAAGUUUGCAGGGAGGUACAGAAGCUAUAGCUCACUUGGAUCAGCUUGAAGCUGAUUACUAUGAUCUGCAGCUUCAGUUGUAUGAAGUGCAGUUUGAAAUCUUGAAGUGUGAAGAGUUACUUUUGACCGCACAACUGGAGAGCAUCAAAAGACUUAUAUCAGAAAAAAGAGAUGAAGUGGUAUACUAUGACACUUACGAAAGCAUGGAGGCCAUGCUGGAGAAGGAGGAGACGGUGGCAUCUGUGCAAGCACAGAGGGAAGAGCUCCAGAAACUGCAGCAGAAGGCACGACAGCUAGAAGCAAGAAGGGGGCACGUCUCAGCCAAGAAAGCCUACCUCAGAAAUAAAAAGGAAAUUUGUAUCGCAAAACACAAUGAAAAGUUUCAGCAACGUUUUCAGAGUGAAGAUGAAUAUAGAACCCAUCACACAGCACAACUAAAGAGAGAAAAAUUACACAAUGAAGAGGAAAGAAAAAGUGCCUGGGUUAGCCAAGAGAGACAGAGGACCCUGGAUAGACUUAGAACAUUUAAGCAGAGGUACCCUGGGCAAGUCAUCCUUAAAUCAACAAGAUUAAGAGUGGCUCAUGCGAGGAGAAAAAGUACAGCAAGUCCUGGGCCAUGUGAGGAACAGUGUGACUCUCUACCCGGAGAGCUGCAGGGAGAGGAGAAGACUGAAGUGGGAGAAGGAAGAAGCAAGCUUGGGUCUUCACAGACAGCAGAACCCCAGAGCCUUGUCCAUCUUGAAGACACUUCAUCAGUACAACUUGAAGCCCCUUCAUUACCUCCCAGUGCUGUUACCUCUGAACUGCCUCCUCCCUCCUCACUUCCGACCAGUAAUGACCUCAAACCAUGUUCUGCUGCUGCAGAUCCACUCUCACCCCCUCCCCCUCCAACACCUCCCCCUCCCCCUCCACCCCCGCCUCCACCUCUGCCUGUUGCAAAGGACAAUGGUGCCACCACCACUUCAGAGACACUGGAGAAAGAUGCACUUAGAGAGGAGGGCUGUGAGAAGAGGAUCCCAAAGUCAGCCAGCGCCCCCUCAGCGCAGCUCUUUGAUAGCAGCCAGCUGGUCAGUGCCAGGAAGAAGCUCCGGAAGACAGCUGACGGUUUGCAGCGGAGGAGAGUGAGUUCGCCCAUGGAUGAGGUGUUAGCAUCUUUGAAGCGUGGUAGUUUUCAUCUGAAAAAGGUUGAACAGCGGACUCUGCCUCCUUUUCCUGAUGAAGAUGAUAGUAACAAUAUCUUGGCGCAAAUAAGGAAAGGGGUAAAAUUGAAGAAGGUUCAGAAGGAAGUUCUGAGAGAAUCCUUCACACUUCUGCCUGAUACAGACCCUUUGACACGGAGCAUCCAUGAAGCUCUAAGAAGAAUUAAAGAAGCAUCCCCAGAGUCAGAGGACGAGGAGGAGUCUUUACCUUGCACAGACUGGGAGAACUAGCAGGUGACUUAACAGAAAGAAGAAAAAUACCCACGGAUUAAGACUGGUUCUCAUUCCUUUGGGAAAAAGUUUAAUCUCUUGGUCCCAAAAUUGAAUUCCAUUAGUUGCUGAGUAUGAAAAAAGAAGCACAAUUGGAGGAUAUUGCUGUCCAGUCACUCUCGCUGGUAGUGGUGACGUCAGUUUUCUAUGUGCAAUGUUCCUGACUGCCUUGCGAAGGCCUCCUGGAGACAGACGGCUGUUCCUUACACACCUCUUCCCGCCCACCCUUUCACAGCCUCAUGGUGGCCAAUUACACCAGGGGUCACUGGAUUAGAAGAACGCUGGGUUGGCAGAGUUCUCCUGUGUGAGCUGCUUUGGGAGUCAUCUUUCGGUGCACCAAGAAGAUAUCUGCUGAAGCUCAGCUGCUUCCACACCAGCUUCUAGACGAGAGUGACAUGCUGAAGAGGACAAUUAUCAUGGUAGUCACAGUCAGGGAUGAAAAGAAAACAACAUGGAACGCACUUAAAAAGCCCCACAUUGUUUCAUCUCCAGAGAUGUUCAGUGUCUGAGAAGCCAAUGGAGAUAGACCUAGUAAUGUGUGCACCAAAACACAACACAUUUAAUAAGGCAUAUUUUUAAGAGGCCACAGUCUUACAUUUUGUAAGAGUUUGAAGUUAAAAUUUCCAUGCUUUUAAAAUAGCAUUUCAUAAUUCUGAAUUUAGAAUAGUUUGAAUUUUAUGUGCACCCUGUUUAUGAGAAGCAGUUCUUCGUAAUUUGAUAAUGUUUCAAAUUAUUUUUAGUCUUUUUGUUUGAACUACUGCUUGAUUACUGUAACUCAUGACUUUCCUAUUGAGAAUCAAAAAUCAGGAUUCAACAGUGGGGUUACAGAUGACAGCUGUUUGUAUCCUGCACCAGUUCUAGGUUCUUAUUGUUAUGAUCCAUGGUGAAGAGCAUGUGUUCAGUAGAGGUCCAGAAGGCAGCCAUUCCCCAAAACCCGCAGCUGGCAUUUCACUAUUUUCUUAUGCUUUGGAUAGAACAUGAGGGUAGCAUUCGUUGCUGUCACCAAGUCUUGAAACUUACAUAGUUGUAGUGCUGACUUAGCUGUAUCAUACAGGGUCCACUUAUGAAUGGAGCUGUCAUGGAUUGUCAGUGGGAUUUGUGCACCUGUUGAAAGUAGAUAUGCUGGCCCCGUUUACAGCACGGUUAGUGUGUGCUAGUGAUGGAGACAGAUCUCGGCUUUAUAAGGAGGGAUUGAAAUACCAAAAAGAACUUCAUUCCCAGAAAGUUCUUCCCCAGCUUAGCCCAGAAACCACCCUGCAGUGAGAGCACGUCAUUGUCCACAAUGGCUUCCUCCAGAAACACAGCUUUUCUUGUCAAUGCUGAGAGAUAUUUUUCUUUAAUUAUGGAAAAAAAAUUCUGAUAGCAGGUUAAAGUAAACCAAAUCUUUGCACUUGAAUAUUCGUAGCAUGUUUAUUGAUGAGACUGGGAGCUUUUGUAACCUUUUAUAUAUUGGUUUUAGUCCUAGCACAAUUCCCACAUCUUGUCCAGAAGAAUUAGAACAGCUCCGAUGUACAAACCUCACCCCAGGAUGAUGUGUGGGUCCUUCAUACCCAAAGAUCCAUUGGCUAGAUAAAAAUAUCUGAAAAAUUGCAAAGUUUACAAACUUUGUAAAAGUCACCCGUCAUCUAUGCACUUCUAAUAUUAAAUAUCCAUGUAUCAGUAUUCUGCACAUCUAGUUUUUUUUACUUUUAACAUUUUUAACUGAUUUAUUUUGUGUGCAUUGGUGUGAAGGUGAUAAAUUCCCUGGAGCCAGUUAUAAACAGUUGUGAGCUAUCAUGUGGGUGCUGAGAAUUGAACCUACGUCCUCUGGAAGAGCAGCCAUUGCUGUUAACCACUGAGCCAUCUCCCGAGCUUUAUUUACUUUUGAUACUAGUCUUGCUCUGGAGCCCUGGCUGGCCUAGGACUUGCUGUGCAGACUGGAUCCGCAGCACUCGUCCCGCCCUUGUCCUCCCAGUGCUAGGUAGGACCGCAGCUGGGGGCCAAGAUAAGGUUGGCUGCGGUUUUGUUUUUUUUCCUGUUUUUAAAGUUUUCAUUUUUUAAAAAAUUAUUUUAAGUAUGUAUGUCCAAGAGGCUCUUGCCUGGAGCUAGAUUUAUAGACUCCCCCUCACAUGGUUGCUGGGAAUCAAACUUGGAUCCUCUGAAGGAACAGUGCACGCUCUUAAUCCCUCAGCUAUCUCUACAGCCCGUUUUUUUUUUUAAACUUUAGGAAAAUAAGGACUAUAACAUUAAAUUAACAACAGCCGUUGUGUUGUAGUCUUGGCAUCAAUUCCUGGCCUUUAGGUGGGAAAGCAGGAAUCAUGAGCAGCUCUCAGUACAUCCUGUCUUAGCUCUCAGGAAUGACUUCAUUCUUGACAAUCCACGGCUACAGCACGGAGCCUUCAGCCCAUUUUGAAUGCCGGGUUCUCUGUCUCAGGUUUUGUACUGGAGUGUGGUUCAGAGUAGAGUUCAAGACCUUAUGUUCCGUCAGUAGUGUUGCUUCCUAACCUCCAAGGAAAGAUUUCUACUUAAAGAAUUAUGCCACUGUUUUUACAGUAACACAAAGUAAUUAGCAUACAGGUGUUCGAGAAAUCACUAGGUGAACCCGCAUUAGUUUAAAGUGAAUUUAGAGCCCCAGAAAAAUGAUAAGCAUGUUUCCUAAACGAUAAUAAAGGGUUUGGAUGAAGUCAGUGGGCCCGAAGUGAUGAGCUCUGGCCUUCACAGUGCAUUCGAAUGUUUAGUUGUCACUCAGUGCUCCUGCUGUCCUUCCUGUCCACAGACCCUGCUUGUUUGUGCUCUUCCCAAAUACGGUAUAGCCAAUGAUCGCUUGGGGACACUAAUGUUCAUACUUGAAUGUCAAGUCCAAAUAUUCCCUCAAUACAACCAAAAUUGUGUCUAAUAGCCAAUGUAGUAUGUAUAGAAAAGGAUAUCUCAUGAUUUAAAUGCUAAUUGUAUUUAAGCAUAAGAAAGUGCUGGAGAAUAAUAAGGACUUCUAGGGGAUAUGCAAUGCCCUUUAUAGGGGCUAUUGAGUAUAAAGAGUGCUUUAUAGGUAGGGGUAUGGAGUUCAUUAAAAACAAUCAUUCCUUAGGUGUUCAUUGUGCACUCGGACUUUUUUUUUUCUUUUCCUAAGACAGGGUUUCUCUGUGUAGCCCUGGCUGUCCUGGAACUCAGUAGAAUCAGGCUGGCCUUGAACUCAGGGAUCCACCUGUCUGCCUUCCUUUUAAGAGUGCUACAAAUUCCAUUUUUAAAAACAUAGUGGUGUGGUGGCCUUUCCUAAAAUGAACACUUCGUGGAGUGUGUGUGCCCACAGAAUAUCACAGUGCAUCAUGGAAACCACAGACCAAGAAUCUAACGUUCAGUGAGAUGCGGCUUUUUAUGCAGCAUCCAUGCCACACAGGGACGCACACAGUGAUGCAGUUGCAUCUCUAUCCUCCCUGAGACUUCUUUUUGGAACUCGUCACAGGAUGUAUUUGUAUUUAUUUAAACCAUUGCUUUUAACCUAGCUUUGUAAUACGCUCAUCACCAGAAACCAACCUGCAUAGUGACUUUGGGUCUUAAGCAGACCUUUCAGGGAGUUUUGAGUUAUACUUUUACCAGGUAGAGCAGAGUAACUAAAUUUUGAGCAACUGCAGAACAUUCGGACAGUUGCAGAGAGCUUACGAUGCCAUUUGGCAGGAGAAGUGGAGACCUUUAGUUUUCCCUCAUUUUUGCACUGAAUAUAUGAUGAUAUAAAGCUAAAUGUGCAUAUUAAACUUUUUAUUUGUGCUUGGUGUUGCCAGUGACCAUCAAGACUUCUUUAGAUGGAAGAUGUGAAAAAAUAGAAGCACCUUACUGUUCAGCAUACAGCAUUUAUGUCUUGCUACUAAAUCCAUCAGUAGUCAUGCCUGAACUUUCCUUUUUUGUUAAAGCACAUUAAAAUUCUGCCUAAUUGCUUUGUAAAGUGAAGCAAUGGUAUUUUUAUCCUAUAAAUAUAAUGUAACUUAAAAAGUUUUCAUACAAAUGAGUUUAUAUCAUUAUCUAAAUUGUCAUGUAUUUAAACAGAAGUUUUUUAAAAUGGGAGGCAGUCCUGACCCAGAGAGAGAGAGAGAGAGAGAGAGAGAGAGAGAGAGAGAGAGAAGAGAGAAUGUGUCUACUAAAUGUCCCGUGAGUUAUGUUACAGAUGCUCUUAUUGUAAAUUUUCGUUUUGCCCACAGUGAUGCACAGCUGGGCAUUUGUAUGAUUGGAUUCCAAAUUUAGAAAUGUUCCCUGUCUUCAAAGCACUACUGGGUUACUGCAAGGUGCAUGUACAGAAGAUACCUCUGAGGUUGACAUGCUAAGCGUUCAUGGAUGCUGUUUCACACUGACUCGAAAGCAAUCAUUUGUUUUGAGAGGAAGGGGAAGUUUCAUUUCUUGUAUUUGUUUUUGUAAGUACAGUUAAAAGUGGCUCAGAAAGUAUGUAGGAAAAACCUUGAGAAAUUUAAAAGCAAAAGGUCUGUAUGUUGAGUUUUAACGAGAGGAAACAUUUUUACUUGCAUGUUGUAUAGUUAACUAUCAAAGGGUGCAAUGCGUUGUUUUAGGUUUCUCCUUGCAAAGUCCAUCGUCCUUGGCCCAGUCCUCGCAGUUAGCAGUGGCAUUCCCUCUCUUGUGAUUUCUCUUCAUUUGUGUGAUGUUACAAAGGUUGGACGGUGCAGCCCAUAACAGUGACACACAGUGUCUCUGACACAGCCCCACUGCCUUGUUGAAUCUCUCUGUACCGUAUGCAUUGCUAAGUGUGAAACCACAAUACCACAAUAUGUAGUUUAUUGAGAAAUGGAAGGCUGCAGAUCAUUUUGCAUGAGUAAAGCCCAUUGGGGCUAAGAAACUGACACUUCUUUUCACCUGUUUUGGGUAUAUGAAAAUUACAAUGGCAAACUGACUCAGCACUAUCAGCUUUGUGCAAUGUUAUAAAGGCAGAAGCAAAAUACUAGUGCACUGUGCUUGGCUUUGCAGGAUGACUUUCCCAUCAUUACAUUAAGUGGAUUUGUCUGCGGCGUACUGUAAAUGCCAUCUCUUGCAAAUUUAUAUACUUCAUUCAUAUGCUCAAUUAACAUUCUAAAGUAUUAAAAAUACAAAGAAAAUACUAAGCAGGCAUUUAUAGCAAUACUAUGAAAUCUCCAAUAAUUGUUUUGACUAUUGCCUUUUGCUCUUUAGUGCAACUUCUGCAUUAUUAUGUUGCUUUUUCUCUUUUUCUCAUUUCACACUCCUGACUUAAACACUUGUUCACCCAAUAUUGCACUCACCUUUCUCAUUGUACAUGCAAUGUAACAACACACAGUUUUGGUGCUUAACAAUAUUCUUUUUUUUCUUUAAUAAAGGAUAUUUAUUUGAAUUAA